CCCGUCCCCUGACAGAGGCCCCUGACGUCACAGGUGGCUAGAUGAGCCUCCCUGCAGGGCUUUAUUCAGCAAGAUCAGCUUUUGGAAUUUGAAGUUGAGGUGGAGGCAGCAGGCGGCCCGAGGCAUCAGGUGUUCAUGCUGAGAGGCAGGAGGAAAGGGGAGAAGAGGAGCAGCAACCAGAUGAUCAAUCUCCACUGCACUUGGCAUGUGAUAAGGGGAGCACGGGACUGUGCUGGGUCUAUAACAGCAUGUGUAUGUCAAGAUCAGACAUAAGAACGGCUGCAGGAGGGAGAUCCACUUUUAUUAGUCAUCUGGAGCUGGAUGCAAAGGAAGUGGACAAUGCAGUUGGACAAGAAACACUUCCAUUAGUUUCUGUUUGGAUUCAUGUAUGAGGGUAAUCCCUGAUUCUGCUGGACCAUGGCUGGCAAGCAAGGGAGGCAGUGGAGGUCCAUGUGCAAAGGCCUGGUCCUGGGUACCCUCCUGACCAGCUGCAUGAUCCUGCUGUACUGCCUCUCCACUCCACAGGUCCACUUCAGUCUGCCUGAGGUCCCAGUGCCUUACUCAUGUGCCCACCGUCCGUCCCAGCUCCACCCCAAACCAACAUCAACAAACAGCUCACAGCCAGACACUGGCCAGACCUGCACUCCUAAAGUGGACAUCAUGUUCAUGAAGACCCACAAAACAGCCAGCAGCACCUUCCUCAACAUCCUUUUCCGCUUCGGGGAGAAGCACCGGCUCAAAUUUGCCUUCCCUGACAGCAGAAAUGACUUCUUCUAUCCGUCCCUUUUCCAGCGUUCCCAGGUUAAAGACUACAGACCUGGAAUGUGCUUCAACAUUAUCUGUAAUCACAUGCGCCUCAAUGCACCCGAGGUGGCCAAGCUGCUACCUAUGGACACUUCCUACAUCACUAUACUGCGAGACCCCGCAGAGCUUUUUGAGUCAUCCUUCCACUACUUUGGCCGGCUGGUGCCUUUUACUUGGAAGAUACCAGGUGAUGACAAGCUGACUGAGUUCCUCCGUGACCCCCAUUACUACUUUGACCCUGAGGGCUUCAACUCUUUCUACCUCAAGAACCUGCUAUUCUUUGACUUUGGGCAGGACAACACUCUGGAGCUGGAUGACCCGCGGGUAGAGGAGGGAAUCAGAUUCAUCGCUGACCGUUUUCAGCUGGUCAUGUUGGUGGAAUACUUUGAGGAAUCACUCAUCCUGCUCAAGGAUGCCCUCUGCUGGGAGAUGGACGACGUGCUCUUCUUCAAGCUCAACGCCCGCAAGGGAUCCACUGUGUCUAAACUGACCCCUGAGCUGAGGGCCAGGGCUCUGGAGUGGAACGCUGUUGACUGGAAGCUAUACCAGCAUUUCAACCAGACUUUUUGGAAGAAAGUAGAUGCAUACGGACGGCGGCGGAUGGCUGAGGAUGUGGCAGAGCUCAGGAGAAGGAACGCAGAGAUGGCAUCCAUCUGCAUUGAGGGGGGUCGAGCUGUGGAAGCUGGCAGCAUCCAAGAGACAGCCAUGCAGCCCUGGCAGCCCAUCGGAGAGAAGUCCAUCAUGGGCUAUAACCUGAAGAAGAAUGUGGACAAGGCACAUCGGAAGUUGUGCCGAAAGAUGUUGACGCCUGAGCUGCAGUAUUUAACAGAGCUCGGGGUUAACCUGUGGAUCACCAAGCUGUGGGGCCACGUCCGAGAUAUCAUUAACUGGUGACUAGACAUGUGAGGCCAAUUCACCUCUGACAGACUGUUUUAAAAGAAGAGGAAUCUGACUGUGUGGCUGAUAGAGUUAAAGACUUCUGACACAUGUCAAUCUUAUGACCUGUCUCAUUUUGUUGAAAUGUACCCACAUUGACUUGCAUUUCAUGUGAUUGUGCGCUGUAAUGUAUCUGAUGGGUGCUACAAAUACUGAACUACUUUACUACACGCAGAUGAGGCCUAGUAUUGUUCUCUAUGUUUCUUACUCUCAGAUGUGAGCUUGUUCUAAUGGAGCAGAUCAGUGAACAGUGAAGUUCAAGACUAAUUUUAUGUGACAUUUAAUGGAAUAAAGACAAAAAUGUUGCCAUCCCUGCCAAAUUUCUAAGAUUGUGUGAAGACACGGAAAGAAUUGUACUUCACUUUGAGCUAAAUAUUGUCAAACUCUUUGAUGUCAAGCCCCUAAAGUUGAAACAUUUAAGCUCGAAGAGACUGAAAGCCCACGAAGAGCUAAAAUUCAGUUGUGAAAAUAGUGAAUGUAAGAACUACAUCCCACUGCACUGUCUAUGGAGGACAAAAUCAGCCAUCAUUUAAAAAAUAGACCAUUUCACAGUUGUAAACAUAAACAUUCCAAAUGGGUCCCAGUUUAUUUCCUGUUGCAGUGUAUGUGAAUGACAUCAGCUGACCAUCGAAACGGUGUAUUGGUGAGAAAAGACAGACAUUUCUAAUGGCAGACAUUUUCACUUGUCAUAACAGGGAAAAAGCACAGGUGCAACUAAUAACAUUAACGAUCACUACAUCUCAAUCAAAUGUAGCCGUCGUUAAUGUUAUUAAUUACACCUGUGCUUUUCCUGCAAUGACUUGAAAAAGGUCUGAUCAAUAUUAUGCAAAGAAAUCAAUAAAUUAGAAGUACCGCACUAUGCAAUCAAGAAGAAUAAUUAUUUCCUUAUUAAUUACCCUUUCUUAUCAGUUUUAUAGCAUAUGAUAUAUCAUUGAGUUUUCUGCUAUACGAUAUAACAUUUUCACUUCUUUGCAGUUGUAGUCAAUUCUCCUUUCUCCUCAUAUCACAAUGUUUAUCCUACUAAUAGCAUCGCCCUUGCCAGGUGUUUUGCCAGUUACAUUGAUGACAUGGUGGGACUUUGUUGCAUAGUGAGUCACAGGAAAAUUUAUAGUCAGCCAAGUAAGGUCAAUUCUAUAUAGAAAGGCACUAUGACAAUGCCUAACAGUGUUAAACACUACCUACAUGUGUUUACAUGUGAAGGGAAUACAUGAAGGGAAUUAAAAUAGAUUAAUGUUUUUCCUCUCUCUCUCUCUUUCUCUCUCUCCCAAUAUAUAUAUAGUUUAUCGUGUUUUGUAUUUAAUAAUCGAUUCAGUUAUUGAUUAAUUUAUCUGAUCUGAUUACUGAUUUUGUCCUCCAUACACCUCCACACUAUUCCUGGCAGUAUAUGAUAAUCUUUUUAUCCACAAAAUAAAGUGAAAAUGACAUGUAAUAUUACAUGUAUUAAAUGUUCUGAUUCAUAAAAUUGGCUUCCUCUCUA